GCCUCCGCUGGCAUGAAGCGGAUUGGCUAGAGUGGGCAGAGCCUGGGUGGGUCUGGGACGGAAUUCUGAAUGGCCCCGGCGCGGAACCGGCGCUCUUGUGGGCGGAUGUUUCGACCGCGGUAUGAAGGCGAAACGGGGCGCUAGUUGGCAGCAGUAACCAUGAGGCGGCCGCCUGCCUUGGGCCCUUGCAGGGCUUCAUGGAGUGGUCGGGUGAGUGCUGCCCUGUCGCCGCUCGUCAUCUUCUUUCUCCUUGUCCUGCCGCUGGGGUUGGCCACUUCCCAGGUCCGGCUCAGGCAGGCUUGUAGUAUCUGCCGUGGGAUCGCGGACCGAUUCAAACAGGGUCUAACAGAUACAGCCAAAAAGAACUUUGGAGGUGGUAAUACAGCUUGGGAAGAAAAAACACUUUCUAAGUAUGAGACCAGUGAAAUUCGUUUAGUAGAGAUAAUAGAGAACCUGUGUGACAGUAGCAACUUUGAAUGCAACAACAUGGUUGAAGAGCAUGAAGAACACAUUGAAGCAUGGUGGUUCAAAUGGAGAAAGACAAACUCUGAUUUGUUUAAGUGGCUUUGCAUAGAAAAGAUUGAAGUUUGCUGCCCUGCUGGGACCUAUGGAUCUGAUUGUCUUGCUUGCAUUGGUGGGUCAGACAGGCCUUGCCAUGGAAAUGGCCAUUGUGAUGGAGAUGGCACUCGAGGUGGUGAUGGGUCAUGCAGCUGUAACAAGGAAUACAAGGGAGAGUUUUGCUUGGACUGCUCCAACGGCUACUACAACUCACACAAAAACGACACACAUUCUGUUUGUACAGCUUGUCAUGAUUCAUGUAAAACUUGCACGGGUGCAACAAAUACAGACUGCCAGGAGUGUAAAGAAGGUUGGACCAAAAAUGAAGAUGCAUGUGUGGAUGUGGAUGAAUGUGCUGUAGAAGACUCCCCUUGCAGCAGUAACCAAUACUGUUUAAACACAGAUGGCUCCUUCUCUUGCAAAGCAUGUGAUAUUAGCUGUUCAGAGUGCACGGGAGAAGGUCCUGGCAAAUGUAAAAGCUGCAUAGCUGGCUAUGAAAUGGAAGAUGAAAAAUGCACAGAUGUGAAUGAAUGUACUCUAUCUGAAAAAGUGUGUGUGAGAGAAAAUGAAGACUGUGUAAAUACUUUGGGUAGCUUCAAAUGUGUCUGCGCAGAGGGCUUUGAAGACAAGGAUGGUGUCUGUUCUCAAAUUAUAAAAACAGACAAGGCAGUGUCAGAGAACACAUCUUCACCUACUACCCAUGAGGACUUGUGAUCUACGUUCCACAACAAGAGACAUUGGUAUCCCGACCUUAAAUUAUCCUGAGCUUAAAUUAUCGGAAUGAGCAUCUUUUGCAUUGUGUAUGUGGUAUUAAAUAAGUGCUGGUCUCCAGGAUGAUUCUUGUUGGGUAAUGGAUAAGUUGCCCUUAGAACUGCAUUUCUUCAAUAAAUAAAAAUGACUGUCCUUUUUAUUAUUAAUCGUAAGGUCAUUAAAUUAUCUUAGAGGCAGUAGAAGGUAAAUAAACGGCAGCACAGUUGACUACUUUGAAUUCACUGUAGGACUAAUAGCUCUUUUGUGGCGAAAUCUGGUAAAAAAAUUUUUUGGCAAACUUCAGUCACUUUCGGCACUUGGACUUUUUUUAUGACCACAACAUGCCUUUUCAAGACUGUUAAUAGGGAGUGUUUGUUUUGUGGAAGAUACUCCUUGUACGUGAAAACAAUCUAUUUGGGCAUUCAAUAAAUAUUAUUUUGGCUGUUA